ACGUUCACGUGAUCGUGACGUCACCCACGGCCUCAUCAACUGGGAACUAGCCCCUGCCUUAGACCGGAGUGGCGCACGUUGAAGGGAUUCCUAGCGCAGAACGAUCUUGUUGGCGGAGAAGGAGAGUGGACAAGGAAAUAGGACAAGCCUGGCCGCUCGUGAGUCCUUCCGGCAGCACUAAGUGAAGGUGAGACAACAAAGUGACACGUUGGUUCGACCCACGUGACUGAGGAGAGGCGCGGGCAGCGGAGGGGGAACAGUCUUUUUUCAUUUUGACGCCCCCAGGGGCAGGACUCUGCAUUCAGUAUGGAGGCGAUAGCUAAAUAUGACUUUAAAGCCACAGCUGAUGAUGAACUGAGCUUUAAAAGAGGGGACGUGCUUAAGGUCUUGAAUGAAGAAUGUGACCAAAACUGGUACAAAGCUGAACUCAAUGGCAAGGAUGGAUUUAUACCCAAAAACUAUAUUGAGAUGAAGCCACACCCGUGGUUUUUCGGCAAAAUUCCCCGUGCCAAAGCCGAAGAGAUGCUUGGAAAGCAGAGACACGAUGGUGCCUUUUUGAUUCGGGAGAGUGAAAGUGCUCCUGGAGAUUUCUCCUUAUCAGUCAAAUUUGGCAACGACGUGCAGCACUUCAAGGUCCUACGGGACGGAGCCGGCAAGUACUUCCUGUGGGUGGUAAAGUUCAACUCACUGAAUGAGCUGGUGGACUACCACAGGUCCACAUCCGUAUCUAGGAACCAGCAGAUCUUCCUACGAGACAUCGAGCAGGUUCCACAGGUACACGGGGGAGACAGAGCCACGAGUUUGCCACAGCAACCGACCUUUGUGCAGGCACUAUUUGACUUUGACCCCCAAGAAGAUGGUGAGCUUGGAUUCCGACGAGGAGACUUCAUCCAAGUUGUAGACAACUCUGACCCCAACUGGUGGAAGGGCACAUGCCUUGGCCAAACCGGCAUGUUCCCACGUAAUUAUGUGACACCUGUUAACCGUAACAUGUAACCAGGGUCGGCAAGGAUCCAGUGGCCAAGGAGGAGCACAGACAGGCUGAUCUGGGAGGCAUUUUGGACUGACUAUGCGACCAAGGGGAAAGAAAAUCUUCACCCAGGGGGAGCCCAAGACAGACUGACCAAGACAGACAGAUGACUGACCAGCUGAAUGCAGCCACGCACCACCAGCAAGGACAGUUUGCCCUGGGAUUGUCACAAAUACAUUAUAACAAGAUAGAAGCAUGGAAAGAUUAUUAACUGGGGGUUUUGGGAACAUAGACAUAUUGUAAGAAUGCUUAUGUUUUGACUGCCUAGAUCUGGUUGGCUGCCCUUUGACUGACAGAUGACAGUACUGCAAAAUAUUACAGGGGGUGGGGGGUGGGAAUGGUACGCAUUCAUUAUAGCUCACAACUCUUUGGACUGACUGUCUGACUAUAUUACAGUGGCCAAUGCUUCCUGGGCCUUGAUCUAAGUUGGCGAUCCCAGAAGCCUGCCUGUCUUUUGUGCAGUUUCUCUGCGUGUUUUCAGAAGGUGAACCCUUGGCCCAACAUCGAACUUUUUGGGUGGGAGGGUGGAGAGUCCGACUGACUCUGAGGGAGGGGAUGGGUGAUUGUUGAUGUUUGAUUUAGAAUGCCAAAACUUACCUUUAAAUUAAAAACAAAAACAAGAGACUUUUUUUUUUUUAAUUAACAAACUCCCUUUACUGCUGCUGUUUCUUCCCCACGUCCUGUUUCACUUCCCCCCCCAUACCAUGCAUGUGUUAUCCAAGCACUAAGUACACACGCCUUGGAAAAUAAAAUGUGCAGAAGUGAGAGCUGCCAUAUCCACUCAUUUUCUCUCUAUGCAAAUCUGGAUCUGCUGUUUUGAUUGUAAGGGGCCACAAAUGCUACUCCCUCUUCUUCCCAAAUAGGGAGGCUCCUGCCUCAGGCAUCUUUACAUGAUAUUGACAUUUUGUAUCUCCUGCAAUACGGCCUAAUCUUGUAUUCUGUGCUUCUUUCAGAACAGAAGUACUGGCAGGAAAAUACAAUUGGGACACUGGUUGGGAAGGGGCCAGCAGGGAUCUGGCAGGGUAUUGGUUAUAACCUAGGGUUUUGAAAGACAACAUUAAAGACAAAGCCCACUAUAAAAAAAAUUAAUGUUUUAGUAUAAUUUAUCAUUCUUCAGUUAAUCCGUUUCUGUGAGGUUGCUUUGGGGGAUUGACCCUAACAACCUGGCUGUGGUUUGGCGGACAUGGUUGCAAUGGAUUUAUGCUUUAAAUAUAAAACUUGACCUCGGCUUCUGCCCAGUAUGUCUUAAUAAGGAGCAGCACGUUGUUUCCUGGCUUGUGAACUCACGUUCUGGAUUGUCUUGCUUGUUAAAAGGGGAUUGAGAAGCCACAGAGGCUGAAUGAUAAGCUGCCCUUUUAGUAAGCAAGACAAGUGUUAGAGAAAGGCAUAGCUCAUAUAUAGCACAGCAUAUUCCUUCUGUGCAUUUGUACAUAAUUACUAGAGCUGCCAUACUACCUGCUUCUCCUGCUGUUUCAAUAACCGCAUAUGGAACAGCAUUAAAGGAGACAUUUUGUGUAACAAAAUAAGAAUGUACCAGUGCAUUAUACUCAUUUAGAUAUAGAAGAAUUGUGCUUAAAAAAAGUAGUGUUUCAGGCUGAUUUAUUCACUAUUUCUGCAAAAAGCCUAAUAAUCCCUCCCUUCUCUUCCACUUCCUGCUCCCUGAAUUCCCAGGCUGUGCAGGGGAACCGGCGGCUCUCAGCUCACUGCACUGUAGGACAGGAACCAAUCAGCAGCUAGCAGGACCUGAUAGGGAACUGAAGCCUGCCUGUGCUUGUGUGACUGCAGGGCUGUGAUUGGCUGUCCCCCUCCUACUGUGCUACUGGGAGGAACCGUUAGGACACGCCCACCCCUCAUUUGAAAGUCAGACAGGGACCAGUGAACAUCUAUAGGGAGCUCCAAUAAAGGGGCCAUUUUUAAAGAUAAAAUUAAUGUUUAGCACCAUGUAAAAGCAACACCAUAUAUUACUUAUAAUUGCUUCAAAUUUUUUAUCAUUUAUCGUAUGUCUCCUUUAACAGAGGAAAGUAAUAUGGCAGCUCUCAAAUUCAUACUGCCGUAUAAACAAGCCAUGCUUUUAGCAUCUAAGUGCAAUUAAAUGGGGAAAAAAAACCCAAACGAUCCAUAAGGUCUGUUUCCCCUUUGAGAUUGAAUUGUUAUCCAUGUCCUCAAAACCCUACGGUGGUAACAUUAAGUCCCUCACUGAGGACAGCUGGACUGUCUCUCUGGCCCCUCCGACUCUCGGUCCAUCUUAUCUGCUUCCUCAAGUUCGUCAUGUAAGGGGGGCUUGGAAUGCACCGGGACCAUAUGAUUGUCUAUUCUGGGAUUAGUGUGUAUCCUGCAGCCUUGCAGAUUGGUAACUUGUGUGUGUAUGAAACCAAUCAAAUCAGUGUUUAAUUAAAGAACGGCUUCUGUAUUUAAUCCUCCAAUGCAGCAUUCAGUAGAUAGAUGUUAACUGUUGUUAAUAAUAAUAAUAAAAAUCUGGCAUUUUCUUCACCCGA